AUGGAGCAGCGGUUAGCUGAGUUCCGGACGGCCCGGAAGCGAGCCGGGCUGGUGGCUGAACCCAGCACUUCCAGCCAGCGAACACAAACUUCGGGCGAGAAGGCAGAAGCAGCUACCACUCCAAAAGCACCCUCAGGCUGGCUAAAACGGUUCCUGGCGUGGAAACCGAGGCCAGCGAGUGCCCAGGCCCAGCCCAGCCUUGCUCAGGGAGCAGCUGGGCCUGGGGGCCUCGAGUCACAGCCACCACGGAGUCCAGCCGAAGCCCCUCCACCGCCACGGCCGCCACCGCCCCUGGCCCCCCGGGACCGGUCUCUCCUGACCAGCGUCACCUUGUUGAAGGUGCUCCUCUGGUUGGUCCUGCUGGGGCUGUUCGUGGAACUGGAAUUUGGUCUGGCCUAUUUUGUCCUGUCCCUGUUCUACUGGAUGUAUGUGGGGACGCGGGGCCCCGAGGAGAAGAUGCAGGGAGAGAAAAGCGCCUACUCCGUGUUCAACCCGGGCUGCGAGGCCAUCCAGGGAAGCCUGACCGCUGAGCAGCUGGAACGCGAGCUGCACCUGAGGCCUCUGCCGCGGAGAUAG